CCUGCGCGCGGCUGUCACGCUUUACUACCAACAGGCACGGAAUUCCAGGGAGGAAGUCACUGAGAUUGGAAAACGAACAACAACUGUAAAAGGUGCCAAGAAAAGGAAAAACAAACCCUGGAUACGUGAAGAAGUCGGAAUACGGUCUUUCCUCGCUGGGAACAGUAGAACCAUCUGAAGUUUGGAGUAUGGACUAGAGGCGCCGCCGCGCCGGGUCGCAGCAGAUGGAGGCGGCGAGAAGUUUGCUGUUCGUCGGGGCCGUGCUGCUCGCAGCGACGGGAGCUCUGGGCAGAGAAGAAACACCUGACCAGAGGACGUUUCCAGAGCCAGGUGUCCGCGUAUGCCUGGGUACAGACAUGAAGCUGGACCUGCCCUCCAGCCUGGAAAAUCACUACGAGACCCUGAAGCUGCUCUACACCGACUGCAAGGUCGUCCACGGCAACCUGGAGAUCACUCACCUUCAUGGAAGCCCGGACCUCUCCUUCCUAGAGGGGAUCGUGGAGGUUCAGGGUUAUGUACUUGUAGCCCAUUUGUCAGUGAGUGUGUUGCCUUUGGACAACCUUCGCAUCAUCCGAGGCAGCCAGCUGUACAACUCCAGCUACGCUCUGGCUGUGCUCGAUAACACUGUGGGCGGAUUGGGGCUCAGGACGCUGCGGCUACGUAGCCUCACAGAGAUCCUGUUGGGAGCUGUGUAUAUUUGGGGGAACCCCCAGCUGUGCUACCCUGACCCCCAGACCAUUGUUUGGAGGGACACGUUAGAUCAGCACAACACAUACGACAGUGCGCACCGACUGCAGGGACGGGCCCCCAAUUGUCCCAGUUGUGCCUCUGUUUGUGCGAAAGGCUGCUGGGGAGAAACUGCACAGGACUGCCAGACCUUGACACGGAUAAACUGUGCAUCUGGCUGUCAGCGCUGUAAAGGUCCCAACCCCCAUGACUGCUGUCACACACAGUGUGCGGCCGGGUGCACAGGGCCCAAAGACUCAGACUGUCUGGCUUGCCGUCACUUCAACGACAGCAGUGUGUGUAAGGAGAACUGUCCUCCGCCCACCAUCUACGACCCUGUCACCUUCCAGACCAAACCCAACCCAAACAAGAAGUUUAACUUUGGAGCAACAUGUGUCAAGACGUGCCCCUAUAACUACCUGGCUAUGGAAGUAGCUUGUACUUUGGUUUGUCCCAAAGCCAACCAGGAAGUUAUCGUCGCCAACCCUGAGGGAAACGAGCUGCAGAAAUGUGAAAAGUGUGAAGGAGACUGUCCCAAAGUGUGUUAUGGUCUGGGUAUGGACAACCUCGGUGUCAUGGACAACCACGGCGUCACCAUGGUAACAUCUUCUAAUGUGGAGCAGUUCAACAAGUGCAAGAAGAUAUUUGGCAGUCUGGCUUUCCUCCCUCAGAGCUUUGCAAGGGACUCUGCGAGCAACACAUCAGGUCUGUCCCUCGAACAGCUCAGCGCCUUCAAGUCUCUGGAGGAGAUUACAGGUUAUUUGUACGUUGAUGCCUGGCCAGAAGAGUGGACUGACCUCCAUGUGUUCGAGAACCUGAAGGUGAUCAGAGGCAGGAUGCUCUACAAGGGGGUGUUUUCACUCGCCAUCCAGAAUCUGCACAUCCGCUCUGUUGGGUUGCGUUCACUACGCAGCGUCAGCGGAGGUUUGGUUCUGUUGCACAACAACUCCCAGCUGUGCUACACCAGUUCCCUGCCCUGGAGCACGCUGCUGCACCCCACCCAGGGGCCGCACCGCAUCGUCAGCCUGAACCAGGACGCCCAGCUCUGUGAGGAAGAGGAGCGUGUGUGUCACCAGCUGUGCAAGGGGGGCUGCUGGGGCCCGGGGCCGAAUCAGUGUGUGUCCUGCACGGCUUUCAAACGCGGCACUGAGUGCGUGGAUCAGUGUGACACCUACCAGGGGUCCAUCCGCGAGUACAUCGCUGAGUCUCUGUGUGUCGCUUGUCACUCAGAGUGUCAACCUCUCAAUGGCUCCACCUCCUGCCGUGGCUCGGGUGCAGAGCAUUGUUCAGAGUGCAGAAACUUCCAGGACGGUGAGUUCUGUGUGGAUCAUUGUCCCAGCGGUGAGAAGGAGGAUCAGCAAACUGUGUGGAAGUACAGCAAUGCUUCAGGACACUGUCUGUCCUGCAACACCAACUGCACGCUGUCCUGCACGGUGAUGGAUGAGAGAGGCUGUCCCGUGGAUAAAAGGCCAGGACCGGGGACAACCAUCGCGGCUGCAGUGGGUGGAGUGGUGCUCUUCUUCAUCCUGCUGGCCCUGCUGGUCUUCUACCUGAAGAGACAAAAUACGCUCAGGAGGAAAGAGACAAUGAGAAGGAUCCUGCAAGAACACGAGCUGGUGGAGCCUUUAACACCCAGCGGCGCGUCGCCAAAUCAGGCUCAGAUGCGUAUUCUGAAAGAGACGGAGUUGAAAAAGCUCAGGGUGCUCGGAGCAGGGGCCUUCGGUACCGUUUACAAGGGUGUGUGGGCACCUGAAGGGGAAAAUGUGAAAAUACCAGUGGCCAUCAAGGUGUUACGAGAGAACACCUCGCCUAAGGCCAAUAAGGAGAUCCUUGACGAGGCCUAUGUGAUGGCAGGAGUGGCGAGCCCCUACGUGUGUCGCCUGCUUGGGAUCUGUCUGACCUCCACGGUGCAGCUGGUCACUCAGCUGAUGCCGUACGGCUGCCUGCUCGACUACGUCAGGGAGAACAAGGACCGCAUCGGAUCCCAGUUCCUCCUCAACUGGUGUGUUCAGAUCGCCAAGGGGAUGAGUUAUCUGGAGGAAGUCCGGCUGGUCCACAGAGAUUUGGCCGCCCGAAAUGUUCUGGUCAAAAACCCGAACCACGUGAAGAUCACCGAUUUCGGUCUCGCUCGUCUGCUGGACAUCGAUGAGACUGAAUAUCACGCUGACGGAGGAAAGGUGCCGAUUAAAUGGAUGGCCCUGGAGUCUAUUCUGCACAGGAAGUUCACUCACCAGAGCGACGUCUGGAGCUAUGGCGUGACGGUGUGGGAGCUGAUGACGUUUGGAGCUAAACCGUACGACAUGAUCCCAGCCAGAGAAAUCCCGGAGGUGUUGGAGGGAGGAGAACGGCUCCCCCAGCCUCUCAUCUGCACCAUCGACGUCUACAUGAUCAUGGUCAAAUGUUGGAUGAUUGACCCGGACAGCAGACCGAGGUUCACAGAUCUGGUGAAUGAUUUCUCUGCCAUGGCCAGAGAUCCUUCUCGCUAUGUAGUCAUCCCGAAUGAAGAGCACAUGAGCAUGAACAGCCCUGUGGACAGCCAGUUCUUCCGGAUGCUCAUGGAGGAGGAAGGGAACAACAUGAGGGAGCUGCUGGAUGCUGAGGAGUAUCUGGUGCCUCAGCCCAACCACUUCUCCAGGAUGCAGGGGGACGGGGCCCAGACCAACGGGCCGUCCAGACACCAGUCGUACAGGCAGAGCAGAGAUACGGGUUUAGACGUGGAGCCCUCCGUUGCCGGCGGCCCCCGCAGCAUGUACUCCUCUGUGAGCACUCUGGGCCGCAGCCAGUACCCCACCUUACCUCUCGGAGCCAGCGCCUCCAACGGGGUCUGGGUCCCUCAGUACCCGACGCUGGCUCGCAGCCCAUCAGCCGGGGGCCAAUCUGACAAUGUGUUCCUGGACGGACCCCCAGACGACCCCUCGCUGCCCCCGGCAAGCCCCGGGCGCUACUGCAAAGACCCCACCUACUCCAACGGGAGCCAGGGCGACCUGGAGACUGACGGGCCCAACGGCUUCCAUCACCCCCACCCAUAUCAUUACUCACUGCCCCGACGGAACCAUGGAUAUAAUCAUAAUCAAGCCCCGCCAGAGUACGUCAACCAUCAGAUUCAGGAUCUCAGACCGGGGAUUCCCGACCGGCCGAGCACGUUGCCCCGUAAAGGCUCCAGAGUGGACCGGCGCCUCCCCAACGGCCUGAACUCCGGGCACAGCGUGGAAAACCCGGGGUAUUUGGUCCCCGGGGGCCCCACGUCUCCAGCCUUCGACAACCCGUACUACCUGGACCUCGUGGCCAAAGCUAACGCUGUCGCUGCUGCAGGGGACGGCCUUGAGUCACAGGAGAGAGACGGAGGAGGGCCCAGGCAGCUCAACGGGUUUAUGGCCUCAACGGCAGAGAAUCCAGAGUAUCUGGGACUAGCGGACACGUGGAGUGGACAUACCUGAGGAGAGGGAGAAAUGUGACGAACUCCAGGGGAAUCACAGCUUGUGUUCUACUGAGGGGAAACGAGGAGCGAGAGAAAGGGAAGAUGUGUGUGACACAAACGAGCUGGGUGUUUUAUAUUUGGAACAUUAGGUGCCUGUGUGACUGAAUCAUGCACCUGAAUCAUAACCGGUCGAUGUCGUCCGGUGAGAGUCACCAAAUGCCCCAGCUGUGACACACCGACACAGUGUAGCAUUAAUCUGGUGUCUGUGGCAUCAUUCGUAUUCCUGUCUUCCUGUCAGCAAUCUGUCCUCUCUAUGUGAAUGUAAAGUGCCAAACAAAAAGAAGUUCCCUCCACCUCUGUGUAUAACGCAGGACUCGAUAAGCAAAGGAGUUCACAUUUGUCAAAACACAACAAGGUACAAGAGUCUGAUUGUCACAGAAUCAAACAUUUGACACUUUGUUUUGUUUUGUCUUUAAUGUCUGUGGUUGUUUCUACUACAUAUGAAGCAUUUUUCUGUGUUUCCUUCAGCUCCCUGGUGCUAUACGUCAUGACUCAGCCCAGCUAAAAAGAGAGAAUAGUACACAUUGACAAAGUGAGUUGUAUUGAAAGUGGUGUUUAGUAUUCUGGUCACUUUGUCUCCGACCUGAUGGGGGUCUUCAACACACUCAAAGCCAUUUUGUUUUGGCCAGAGAGUGGCCAGCAGCCCAUCUGGCCAGUAAGCAUGCUCCCUGAAAGAAAGGCAUCCUGUAUGGAGAAGACAGAGGCAUUGUGCAACACUGGUGUGUGUGUGUGUGUGUGUGUGUGUGUGUGUGUGUGUGUGUGUGUGUGUGUGUGUGUGUGUGUGUG